GUUUUCAUCUUGAUAUGUGUUCGCUGUUCGGUAUCUUCGGUGUAAUGGUUAAAUCGCCUAAAGCCUUGGCCUUUUGUUGUUCUUGACCAAUUUCCUUAAACCCUUUGAGCUUUAAGGAUGAAAGUUUGGCCUAAAGUGUGGAUUUUGGGGUUUGCUUAGCAAAAACGACAGAUUUUUGAAUUGGUACAAACGAAAGUGAAGCACUUAAAUGGUUCUUCUCCACACAAGUGUUGGAUUCUUCAAACGUUUCUCGACUUCAGCGACUCAAUCAACAUCCUCUGCUUCCGAUUGGAAAACUCAACAGACUCUGUUUCGAUUAGCCACCGAAAUCUCUUCUAUUCUCUUACAACGUCGCAACUGGAUCAGUCAUCUCCAAUAUGUUAAGUCCAAGCUCCCAAGGUCAACACUUACUUCACCGAUAUUUCUCCAGAUCCUCCGUGAAACUAGAAAAUGUCCUAAAACCACUCUUGAUUUCUUCGAUUUUGCCAAAAUCCAUCUCCGGUUCGAGCCGGAUUUUAAGUCUCAUUGUCGAGUAAUUGAAGUUGCUACUGAAUCAGGUCUGUUGGAACGAGCAGAAACACUCUUGCGUCCUCUGGUUGAAACCAAUUCUGUGUCUUUAGUUGUUGGAUCGAUGCAUCGGUGGUUUGAAGGUGAAGUUUCACUCUCUGUCUCGCUUAGCUUAGUGAUUGAGUGUUAUGUCCUUAAAGGGUUGUUACCAAAAUGGCUUGGAAAAAAUCAGUUUAGAGUGGCUUUGUGUUUGUAUAGUGCUAUGGUUCGAAACGGAAUUGUCUCCAAUGAGUUAACUUGGGAUUUGGUUGCUCAGAUUUUGUGUGAACAAGGGAGAUCCAAGAGUGUUGUUAAAUUGAUGGAAACAGGUGUUGAAAGCUGCAAGAUUUACACCAAUCUUGUGGAAUGUUAUAGCAGAAAUGGAGAGUUUGAUGCCGCGUUUAGUUUAAUUCAUGAGAUGGAUGGCAAGAAACUGGAGUUGAGUUUCUCUUCUUACGGUGGCGUAUUGGAUGAUGCAUGUAGAUUGGGAAAUGCUGAGUUGAUCGAUAAGGUUCUUGGUUUAAUGGUGGAGAAAAAGUUUCGUACUUUAGGUGAUUCGGCUGUGAAUGAUCAAAUGAUUGAAAGACUUUGCGAUAUGGGGAAAACGUUUGCCUCUGAGAUGCUUUUCCGUAAAGCCUGCAAUGGUGAAACAGUAUUACUGUACUUGAUGAGAGUUGCUAUAACUGAAUUCGCAAAUGCCCUUUGCAGAGAUGAUAAUAGCUCAGAGGAAGAAGAGGAAUUGCUUGUAGAUGUUAUAAAGUGCGGUUUUGUUCCUUGUACACACAAGUUAUCAGAAGUUUUAGCAUCUAUGUGUCGGAAAAGAAGGUGGAAAUCCGCAGAGAAGCUUCUUGAUUCGGUUAUGGAAAUGGAGGUUUAUUUUGAUUCUUUUUCAUGUGGGUUGUUGAUGGAACGUUACUGCAGAAGCGGGAAAGUAGAGAAAGCACUGGAACUACAUGAAAAGAUAAAGAAGAUGAAAGGAAGUUUAGAUGUUAAUGCUUAUAACGCGGUUCUUGAUCGGCUUAUGAUGAGGCAAAAAGAGAUGGUGGAAGAAGCAGUUGGAGUGUUCGAGUAUAUGAAAGAGAUGAAAUCAGUGAACAGCAAAAGUUUUACAAUUAUGAUCCAAGGGCUUUGUCGUGUGAAGGAGAUGAAGAAAGCUAUGAGAUCUCAUGAUGAAAUGUUGAGAGUGGGUAUGAAACCUGAUUUAGUAACCUAUAAGCGUCUUAUCUUAGGUUUCAAAUGAAAACUUUUGGUUCAGUCUGAGAUUUGAAGAAGAUCCAAAUGAAUCAAAACAUUUGAGUUAUACAACAAGUCUACUCUUCUGUAAGAAGAACGUUACAACAAAAUACCAUAGAGGGUUUUCAAGAUCGAAGUUUCAAAAAUUUGUCAAACAAGAACAAGGGGGGAAAUGUUAUAAUGAAUGAAUACAAUAAUA